UGGAAUGUUGUUUAGAAAGUUCUUAAGUGUACUUAACUGCGCUAGCAAUUCCAGUGAGCUGCAGUGCAGAACUACAAAUUUUAACUGACAAAAUGAACACUGCAUUCUUGCACAAUCAGAGAUGAGUGGAAGAAUCACAAUCCAGGAUAUGUGUCGGCUUUACCACCUUGGGUCGUUUCGGCAUAUUCUUAACUGUCUUCUUUUGUUGCUGAUCCAGAAGGAAAUAAUUUGUUGUCCAUCUGUUUGCAAGCACUGUACAGGCAGACAAGCUGACUGUCGUAAUUCAGGUCUUUCAUCUAUUCCAAAGGAUUUCCCCCAAAGUACUAUAUUCAUAUAUCUAAGUGGGAAUAAUAUAUCUCGUAUAAAUCCAAAUGAAUUGAUCGGGCUUAAGCAUCUUGCAGUGCUACACUUGGAUGAUUCUGGAAUUUUAAAUGUGUACCCAAAAGCAUUUUCUGAAUUUAAGAAACUGUGGUACCUACAUCUGAAUAAUAAUCGGAUUAAGCGUUUGGAUCCAGGAACAUUUGAAGGACUUUCAAAUCUUCAUUCUCUAUACCUGCAAAAUAAUGAAAUUGCUUUUGUUCCUAGAGGCUUGUUUAGUGGUCUCACUUCAGUCCAAUACCUAAUGCUUCAGAGCAAUCACCUCAGCAUCUUAGGUAGUGGCACUUUCUUUGGCAUGGCUAGUCUUCGGAUUCUUAACUUAGCCAACAAUAAGAUUUCACGGAUAUCGAAUGCAGCAUUUCAUCACCUUGACAACCUUACAUGUUUGUACCUUGAAGGUAACAAUUUAACGUAUGUGCCAUCAAAUGCUUUUGUACUACUGAGCAGUCUUGAAAAACUUUCCUUGUCACAUAACCCCAUUGGAUCAAUACCUCCCUUUGCAUUUAGAGGACUUGACAAACUCAAAUAUCUCUCUCUAAAAAGAGCCAACAUAAACGUUAUUGAUGUGAAUGGAUUUUGGGGGUUAAAUCAUCUUAAAAAGUUAAUUUUGAGCAGUAACAAUUUAGAAAAUGUUAAUUCCAAUACCUUUGCAUUGUUGAAUAAUUUAAUGUUUCUGCAACUUGACAGAAACAAAAUAAUCAAUAUUGCAGAUAAUGCAUUUGCAAAAAUGGGAUCAUCUUUGAAGUUGUUAAAUCUAGCAUAUAAUAAUCUUACAGAUAUGCAGCCUAGAGUGAUUAGGCCAUUGGUUUCAUUAACUCACUUACAGGCAGAAUACAAUCCUUGGAACUGUAGCUGCAGAUUACUUGGGCUAAUUACUUGGCUAGCUUCGUCUUCAGUCUCUGUAAAUAUUCAUUGCCAAUAUCCUUCCAGUUUGCAUGGAAGGCAUUUGAAUUAUGCUAAACUGGGUUUGUUUACAAACUGUUUCAGCAAUUCCACACCACCUGAAAUAUUCAAGAAUAUCAAACCAGCAGGUAUCCAUCACAGCACCACUACUUUAUUGAUGGCAUGGGAUAAAACCUUCUCCAGUAGUUCAGUUUACAAACAUUUAAAGAAUAUGGACUCAGAUACAGUGACUUUAUGGACAGAAGUACCUACCACAUCUGGUAGUCAGCAUCUUUAUGAGGAGCAUUCCAUUGGAGAGCUCAGACUGGCAGCUACAGUGUUCUCAUUUUUAACAGUGGGAAUAUCAGCACAGAUUAUACCUGUUAAUUUGACCAUGGAAGAAAACAGAGAAUCUCCUCCAGAAGCUGCUUCUGUAUCAUUUAAAGCUUCUAUUAUCUGUACACAGCAAGUAGAGAAACUAACUCGGGCUUUUGACAUUUUAUUGGCCUUUUUUAUUUUAGCUUGUGCUGUUAUCUUCUUUCUGAUCUAUCAACUUACUCAGUUUAGACAGAAACUCAAAAUGCGGAAGAACUCUGACAAUGGAAUAGAAUAUUAUGGUUUUUAUCAAGCUGGCAGAUACCAUGUAACUGAUCCCCUUCAGCCUGUACCACAGAAUCCACUGGGAAAUUCAGAAAUGGACAACGUUCAGCUUCCUAAAACAACAGCACUUGCAAGUCAAGCACAGGUCAUCUUAUUUGAACAUUCUGCUUUAUAAUGUGUCACAUAGGAUUUCUGAUGCUGCUUGUGUAAAAGCAAAACUGCAACUUUGUACAAUAUUUUAUAAAUAAUACUUUAGCUUUUAAUCAA